AUGUAUCUUCCUCUGUCUGUCCUCCAUCUCGCGGCUUUCAUCUCGCAAGUCUCGGCCAAAUCCCUCUACGACAACCCCGAGCAAGAUCCCCUCCCUCCAUCCCAAGAAAGCACACUAGAGGAGCUACACAAGAAAUGGGAUUUCGAGUGGGGAUUCACCGGCAUAUCCACCUUCGCACAUCUGAAGCACGUCAAGUGCCUGACAUCUCCACACCAACCGUUUGAUAUCGGCAUCAUCGGCUGUCCGUUUGAUACGGCGGUUAGCUAUAGACCCGGAGCACGAUUCGGCCCCCGCGCCAUCCGCGCCGCCUCGUCACGGCAAACUUCCUUCCGGGGCUUUAACCACCGUGCCGCCCUGAACCCAUACACGACGCCCUUCACGAUCUUCGACUGCGGCGACAUCCCUGUCACGCCCUUCGACAACAACCUCGCCCUCCGGCAGAUGAGCGAAGCGUACCGCGAACUCGGUUCUCGAGCUGCAGCCAUCAACCCGAAACCGAAACCCCAACCCCAACCCCACCCGUCCAGCACAUCCUCCUCCUCUAACGCCAUCACCCAACAACCAUGGAGCAGACCCAAACUCCUCACCCUAGGAGGCGACCACUCGCUCUCCCUCCCAGCCCUCCGCGCCCUCUCCAAACUUUACGGUUCACCAAUCUCGAUCCUCCAUUUCGACGCCCACCUCGACACCUGGCACCCGUACAAAUACCCCUCCUCUUGGUCCCCACCCAACUCCAACCCGCAAGGCGACCUCUCUGACCCCGCCUCCUUCAACCACGGAAGUAUGUUCCACCUCGCCAGCCUCGAAGGUCUGAUACACAACUCUACGUCCGUGCACGGCGGCCUGCGAACCCGACUCUCUGGAUCCGAUUUUAGCGACUACGCCGACGAUGACCAAGCCGGCUUCCUGCGCAUCCACUCAGACGACAUCGACGACCUCGGCAUCAACAGGAUCGUCGAGAUGAUCAUGCAGCGCAUCGGGACAGAGAACCCGGUCUACCUGAGCGUAGAUAUCGAUGUGCUCGACCCCGGUCUGGCGCCCGGGACGGGCACGCCGGAGCCCGGCGGCUGGACGUCAAGGGAGCUGAUCCGCAUCCUGAGGGGCGUGGAGCGGCUGAACGUCGUGGGCGCCGAUGUGGUCGAGGUGGCGCCCAUGUAUGAUGCUGGGGGCGGGGAGGCGACGGCGCUGGCGGCGGCGCAGGUGGUGUUUGAGAUUCUGACGAGUAUGGUUAAGAGAGGCAUCGGAGAGAUGGAGUUGGGGAGGGGAAGUGGAAGUGGAAGUGGCGGAACACGAGGAGAAGAACAAGGAACCAAGCGAGAUGAAUUAUGA